UACUUUGAGCGAAAGGACUGAAGCGUCACUCACAACGGAAGCAGCGGCAUCAUGAGUGGUACCUACUAUGGUCUCUGUACGAUCCCCACCUUCGAUUGUCAAGAGGAUCUUGGGGUGACGAUCAAGAACACCAGGACCCAGGAACGCAUCCAAACGGACACGCUGCACGUUUCCUGCAAGUCUGACAAGUUUGACGCGCACAAGAACAUGGCUGGGAUGGUCAUCUGGCAAUACGGCGGCAAGACGGAUUGGCGCCUGAACGGCGUCCACUGCAAGAGCGGCUACAUCUACGUCCGCCACACGGAGAACAUCCAAUCAAUCAAGAGCUCGCAGGGACAGGUGCAUGGCAAGCUGUUCAAGGCGCUCUUUGGCGUGGAGCCGGGAGAGGACGUUGUUGGGACGGGCUUUGCCUACGUGAAGGGGAAAUGGAAGUUCAACUCGUUCACCUUCAACGCAUCAUCCAGCGACGGCUGGCAUGACACCAAGAAGAGAAGAAGGGUGCAAGCGACGAGGAGCGUCGCGUCAUUCGGGCUGCACUGGACCACUGGAUCGCAACAGUACAACGACAGGGACAAGCAGCUCGUGCCAUUGCCCUUCGCCCUGCGCGCCUCAUCCUGCACCAUUUGCCUUCUGUGA